CCAAAACAAAUAUGGCGCCCACCGCAUCGACGGAAAGCGUGUUGAAGCGAAUAGUCAAUGUUUCUUCGGUUAUAAUCUCAUUCAUUUGGUCGAAUUCUGCUUCCCCUUGAGGUAAUUACGUGAACUAAUCGGGUUUCGGUUCCCAAAUACGAGCGGAGUAAUCAGAAGUACGGAAAUGCGGCGGAAGUCUCCGUUUCAUAUUUGAACGCAAACAUCCGGUUGUGCGUUCGUGAUGUCAGCUCGCUGUAUGACAAAAGUGGGAAAAGUAAAACGGUUGAUUAUCUUUACCUUUUGAAGGGAUAGUGCAACAAAUGGGAUGUAACUGAGCAUGCAAAUAAACAUGGACUUCGAUUUGUGGACACACUGAGAGCACAGUGCGAUGGGACCAGUCGACAUUGCUAUUUCCACUGUAGGAAAAUGCCUCGAUGCAGCCUGCUUAAUGCUGGACGUGAAUUUCCUCCUCGUCCACACGCUCGUCCGCACUUUCCUGGCAGUGUACCACUUUAUAAUCAACCUGCCUGCACUCCUGGUCUACUCCCUCGUGGAGCUGGGCAACUUGGCGCUGCUCAUCUUGCUCUCCACGGCGGAGGCGACGUCCCACGUCGCCCACGGCGCUGCGUCCGUGCUGGGCGGCGUCAUACUGUCUCUGGAGGGGCUUCUGGAGAGUUUGAAGAUGGUGGGCUACCUGUUGACACACGUGCUGCUCCGCUGCAAGGAGCAAGUGUGUCGGGGGCUGCUGUCGCUGCUCGAGGCGUGCGGCAUUGCGCUCAGCCUCCUGGUCUACCUGGUCAACACGGUGGUCAACUACGCCCUCAUCGCCGCCCUUAACCUCUACUCGGCCGUGGUCGGCGUGUGGCAGACGGUGUCCAGCCCGCUGCAGAUGGCGGUGGAGCUCACGCUGACCUCAGUCACCUUUCUCUACAGUUGCCUGAUUGGCACGUCGGCGUUCCUGUGGUCCCCCUGCAAGCUGGCGUUGGACUUCCUGGCCUCGCUGGUGCACAUCUUUAUUAGCAUCUUCAUACUGAACGCGUACGGCCUGGCGCUCACCGUCGGCAUCGCGCUGACGGCCACCGCCUACUGCAAUCCGGAAGUCACCGGGCAGGCGUCACGGCGACUUGCGGCUUCCGUUAACUCUUUCCCAACCGUGAGGAGACUUUACGUGUCGCUUCAUUUAACCCUGGAUUUAAUACGCGCGGGCAUGAGACCCCUGCGCCAGAUGUCGCUUCACCUUUACCUGCUGGAGAGAAGAAUCUGGCGCCAGCUGUCUCGCCACAGCAGCGCGUUGAGACUGCUACUGAGGAGGCAGCUCCACGGUGAAACCGGAGCGGGCGAGGAGAACAGGCGGGACCCGCCCGACGGGCGAGCGGGGGACGACCGACGGGAGCGGCCGGCCCCGUCGCCGUCAUCGUCGUCCAGCACGGCGAGACCUCUGAAGGCCGACCGGCUGUGGCGGCCCCCGGUAGAGAACCUGCUGACGCUGCUGAACGAGCAGGAGCACCGGAAGAUGUGUGUCAUCUGUCACGACUGCGCCAAGACGGUGGUGCUGCUGCCCUGCAGACACUUGUGCUUGUGUCGAGAUUGCACCGACAUCCUGCUGCAGCAGCCCUUCCACCAGCACAACUGCCCGCUAUGUCGCCGCAUUAUCUUCGACACCAUUGAGGUGUACCUCUGAAGCCGCACAAUAACUCAUUUUUACUGCCAGUGAAAUGAUGAUGAUUAUUAUUUUUUUUUUAUUCGUAUUCUAGCUCUCGACUUAAGUCAGCAAGGAUAAAUGCCGGCUUCACUGUGACCGUGAAAUAGCCAUAUAAAAUGAUUGCCUUCUUCAAUUAUUAUUUAUUUCCCCCAUUUUAUCGCAGUAAGAAAUUUUUGAACAGCCAAACUCAAGAAUAAGGUUAAGACAAGGGAUAAAAGAAAGGGCAUAGAAAGAGUUUGCCACUCAAAUGCUCAAACCAACUAACUAAAACGAACAACUCCACUAUACUGUUGUACAGUUGGGCAGCACGGUGGAUUGUGGUCAGCAAGUCUGCCUCAGUUCUGAGGUUCGGCGUUCAAAUCUCAGCUCCAGCCUAUCUGUGUGGACAUACCAUGUACUCCUCUUGCUUGUGUGUGUUUUUUCCCGGGUAUUCUGCUUUCCUCCCGCAUUCCAAAAACAUGCAUGUUCAGUUCAUUACAGACACUAAUAGUAAAUUGUCCGUAGGUGCGAAAGCUAGUAUGCUUGUUUGUCUACGUGUGCCCUGCGAUUGGCUCGCGACCAGUCCAGUGUGAGCCUCACUUUUUGCCCAAGGUCAUCUGGGACAGACUGCAUCCUAAUGAUGAUGAUGAUAUUUCAGCAAAUCCAUUCAUCCAAUGACCUGACUGUGCUGCGCUUCAUUAGUGGUUAGCAUUUCGGCCUCAGAGUUUGUGGUUAGAAUCUCAGUCCUGGCCUUGUGUGUGGUUUGCAUGUUCUCCCCCGGUAUUCGGGCUUCCUCCCAGAUCCCCAAAACUUCAUGUUAGCUUUAUUGAGGAUUGUCCUUCCUCUAUUCUUCUCUUUGGCAGCACACUAGGAAGUGGUUCGCACAUCUGCCUCGCAGCCAAUAAGGUCUGGGUUUGAAUCUCAGCUUGGCCGCUUAUUUGCGUGGGUUUCCCCAGGUACUCUGACUUUCUGCCCAAACCAUGCAUUUUAGGUUAAUUUAUGACUAGUGAUGUGUGCCCUGUUGUACCAAUAGUCAGACUUUGACCCUAAUAAGGACCAGCGUUAUAGAAAAUGGUUGGCUGGAGUCCAUCUCUGGUGUAUUGAUGUACCACUCGUUGUAACACUUUAGUGACGAUUUAAAAGAGUCACUAUAUCAAAUGCUCACAAAUGGGAUGGUCCAAUCUCCUUUAACUUCCUAGGCUUGUUUUUGUUUGUUCUUAUUGAUGAAUAAAUGCAAAUGACACAGACGGCUCACUUGUUUUCACACCUCUGCUAAGAGGUCUUAAAAAUACACGCAAGGAGGUGAAAAUGGAUAACUGUGAAGUUGAUUUUUUUGGGGAGCAUUAAAGAAACGUGAAAGUGAUGAAAAUAUGGUUUUGGGUUAUUUAAUGUAAAGGAAAGACAAACAUUUUAGAAAAGAAAUACAAAAAAAUAUUUAAGAUGACUGUCGGUAGUAGUAUUUAUGUAUGUACACUACAUGUAGAUGGAAAGAUAAAAGAAAGCCGUGGAUUAUUUUCUGUGAGACUAGAAAGUGAAAGUGCUACUUUUGACUUAAAUAACAUGUCAGCGUCAUGCUAAUUUUGCUGAGCUGUUUAAAUUACUUGUU